AUGCCGACAUUCGGAGAAUCUCAUAAUAAAGCUUCUCAUAAUGUACCGUCAUCGGAUAUAUCAGCUGUAAUGGAUGCCCUCUUUUCCUCUUCAGUGUUUCCGAAUACGCCAGCAGCAGCACCACCACCACCUACCUACGAUUCCAAGCGGUUGAUGGCAACUCAUCAAGUGUCAGCUCCGUCGCCUGGUGAACCCUUAUCAACAGUUCAUUCCAACAUUACUAACCUAUCAUUACGGAUGCCACCCGCAUAUGCUUCUCACGACUCUAUGCUUGACUCGAAAUCUCCACGAUAUCAUUCUGAAGCCGUCCAAAAUGCACAUCAGUCGAGUCAUUUCCGCCCACUCGAUCAGAGUCCGCUGAGUAGGAGCGUCAUGAAUGUACUUGCAGGUUCCUCGAACAGCUUGCCUCGUAGAGCUGCUGAAAAAGGAGUGCCAACGAUAGCUCAUCCUAUUCCGAUACCUGCCCAUGCGGCACCUCCGCCUCUUAUCAAUCGACCGGUCUAUGUUGCUCCGAAGGACAAACAGCCAAGAAUAAGCCACAGCGAGACUUCGGCGUUCACAGCCUUCAAAUCCCCCUCGAUGACUUCAUCCGUGGAAGUUCCAACAAGAUCUACUGAUAAAAUUGAGUUAGAAUUGCACAAGUUGCUUUGUGCAUCCUCCGAUGGCGACGAGUCGGUGAGGGCUGCUCAUCAUGGAGAAGAGAAAACGCCCACUGGAUUCCUGGACAGUAUGAGCCCAGAUACCGAUUUGGGAUCGGAAUUCGCAUAUAUGACUGGAAUAACCGGAGAUGCAAAUCACACGGGAUUGGGUUAUGUUCUUCCCUACACUCGCGCUGAUGGAUUUAUUGUGCAGCUAUGCGACGCUUGGAAAGAUUUCAAGCUGGAUAGAACUGCUAUCUUCGCAGGACUUCCUGGCUUUGAAGCAGUUCACUAG